AGAUCUGCUGAAUGAAACCAUGGAAAUGGAAGUUAUCGGAGAUGUAUCUGGAGUUUUGAGCACCUCUACCAGCACUGAUGAUUCCUCCUCAUCUCCAGAAAGUGGAGCAUCAGAUCUGGAGAUCAGCGGAGAUUUCAUCUUUACCAGCACUGAUGAUUCCUCCUCAUCUGCAGACAGAAGACUAUCAGAUCUGGAGACCAGUGGAGGUUUCACCUCUACCAGCACUAUGUGGGAUUCCACAUCUGAAGAGAGCGAGAAGAUCGAUCUGCUGGCUGAACUUCAGGCCGCAGCAGUUCUUGAAGAUGCAGCUGGCGAUCAGACCUUCUCUGAUGCGGAUCUUGACUGCAUCCUUGGUGUGCUGGCUAGUAUGACGGCGCAGUCCAACGGUCUGUCCCAGGCCAAAAUACUGCAGCUCAUACAGGGCAGUCCAAAGCAGGAGCAGAUUGAGACUGAGCAACAGAGCAGCAGCAGUGAUACGGAGGACAAUUUUGAGUUGGCGGAUGUUGUGGCGACAGCAUCCCCAACUAAAAUCAAGCACUUGGGUUUUCCCAAUUUAGGCAACACGUGCUACAUGAACUCUGUGUUGCAGUGCCUCCUCAUCAUUUCCCCCUUCCGGGACGAUCUACUUUCCCAGCGGGAGCGGUGGAAUGAGGGAAGCACAAUGCUCAGGGCGCUCACCGACCUGCACAUGGCCAGGCUGGCAGGCAACAGCAAAAAUCUGAAAGCGAAGCUCUUGUCUACAGUGAAGGCCUGCGUUGAAUCUCGCCAUCCUGAUUUCUUGGGAGACCAUCAGCAAGACGCCCAUGAGUUCCUGAUGGUUUGCCUGUCCCAUCUGAAGGAGGAGGGCAUGCUUUUGCGGAGCUACUGGCCUCAAUACACCUGUCCUGUAGCCAAUAUGGAGUUCCAGCUCCGCCGCCUGCGCACUUGCGACAGAUGUGGCUUCCAGAGAAGCUUCAGAGAGGAUUCCAACUACCUCUCACUGGUCAUUAGUCCUCAAGGAAGCCUCGUUGAAAGCCUUCAGCAGUACUUCAAUGCAUCUUCGUUUGAAUGCUCCUGCAGCGAGUGCGCCGGCACCACGGCUUCAGAUGCGCUGGAAUUGCUCACCCUUCCACGGGUGAUGGUCCUUCUGGUCAUGCGCUUUGACAUUACGUCAUCAAUGUGCAAGCUGAAAAAUCGACUGGAAGUUCCAGAAGAGUUUACACUGUCCUGCGGUACAGUUGCGGAGAGCAGAGAGAUGACAGAAAAGACAGACAGAAAAAGCCCAAAGCAACAGCCAAAGAGAAGAAACAACAAUAGGGUUGAAUCUGUAGGACCUCAGGAAAGAUAUAGACAGCGAUAGAUAGAUAGAUAGAACUUUAGAUAGACCAAUAUGUAGAACAAUACAAUAAUAAAUAGAGUGAUAUACAGACAGAUGAAAUAGAGAAUGAUGAUUAGAGACAUUUGAAACGCAGCAGCAUCUUAUAAUCAGUGUUUGUGCUGAACAGGUGGAAGCAUCAGACGGCAGCAGCAGCACACAGUACAGACUAGCUGCAGUCGUGUCUCAUCUGGGCCGCAGUUUGUAUUGUGGGCACUACGUCAGUCACAUCCGUGACUUCACUGGAUCUGGAUGGCUGAAAUGCAGUGACACCAGCAUCAGAAGAUCCAGCUGGUCAAAGGCGCCGAGUAACAUCGCAAAGAACGGAUACAUGCUCUUCUAUGUGAAGAGCUCAGCUGCAGUUGGUUGAUGCUGUUUUAAAGAAGAAGG